AUGUCGGAAGAAACGCCGAUUCGAUCAUGCGUUCUGGUCUUUGACGGCAUGGACUUGGUCGAUUUUGUGGCGCCGUUGGAAACCCUCAACCAUGCUUACAAGAAAGACACAAAGACCUUUGAAACUCUAAUCUCUACCGUGGUGGCCGCUCCCACCGAAGAAGUCAUGACAAAACAGGGCGUUGCAAUCAAGAGGCAGAUUUCCUGGGAGCAGGCCGCGGCGUCUCUGGCAGACUACGACAUCCUAGUGGCCCCCGGCUCGUUCUUAGUGGAAACCAUGGCAGUGUGUAACGAUCCGGACUCUCCAUUUCUUAAAAUGCUCAAGGACUUCAGCGCAUUGCCUGCAAGCACAAGCAAAACCGGCCAGCGCAUCCUGCUCUCGAUCUGCAGCGGCUCUUUCUUCCUCGCGGCGGCCGGUCUUUUGGACGGCCGAAGAACCACCACGCACUAUACCAUGAUCCCCCAGCUCGAGGAGCUUGCGGCCAAGUUCGGGAAAACCGAGAUUUCUCGCCACAUCUUCGUCGAUGCCGGCUUGCUGGAUAGCGGUGUUCGAAUGAUAUCGUCCGGCGGCCUCACCAGCGGUUUCGAUGCGACUCUAUAUACACUAGAACUGGUGUGUGGGGAAGAAUGCGCUGCAUUUGCAGCCGACGUGCUUGAACAUCCAUGCCGGAAAUCCCAGGCACUGUUCUAG